GGCUGGUUGAACAUUCGAACAAGUUCCCAAUGUUUGACAACGACCCUCACAUCAUUAUGACAUUAUGACUGUGUGAGGACAAAAAUUGUGGAUUGUGUUUGCCUUUUCUUUGCAACUCUGUGGAUUAACUGGAGACAUGGAGGUGUGCAUGAGGCGGUAUUUGCGAGAAAUUUGGGUUCUGCUGCAUCUGACAUCUUUGGUGGCAGGCUUGACAGGGAGAUGCAGUCUCUUCGGACAGCACUACGUGCACACGUUUGAUGGGGUUUUAUAUGAGUUUCCUGGAGACUGCAGCUAUCUUCUGGCUGGAGACUGCAGCCAUCGCUCCUUCACACUGCUGGGUGAUUUUGCUAAUGGCAAAAGAACUGGAGUCACUCUGUUUCUGGGGGAUGCCUUCGAGCUGCACCUGUCUGUAGACGGACGGCUCUCCCAAGGAGAAAAAAGACUGUCUGUGCCCUAUGCAUCUCACGCUGUGUUUGUGGGCUCUGAGCUUGGCUUCUAUAAGCUCUGGAGUGAGGAAUUUGGCUUCACUGUUACCAUUGAUAAUGCAGCCAACAUCGCCUUGAUCCUGACCAAACACCAUGCAAACCGCACCUGUGGCCUCUGUGGCAACUUCAACUCUGCAUCAGCUGAUGAAUAUACUGCGCAAGAGGGAUUCCUAACAGAUGACAGUUAUGAUUCUGCAAAUUCGUGGGCAGUGAAGGGGGCUGAUCAGUCGUGUCGACGAGUCUCAAAACCAAGCCGGUCCUGUAACAGCACCAAAGAGAGUUCAGCGAUUUUGUCCAGCUGCAGUGUGUUACAGACGUCCACUGUGUUUCUGCACUGUGCCCACCUGGUCUCUCCCGAGGCGUUCUUUAUUCUGUGUCAGGAGGAGGCAUGUCACUGUGACAAAAGGGAGUCGGAGGACUGUUACUGUCCAAUCCUGUUGGAGUAUGCUCGAACGUGCCACGCCCACGGGAUACCUCUGCAUGGCUGGCUGGAGGAGAGCCAGUGCUUUCCCAAGUGCCCAAUUGGGAUGCAGUACAGUGAAUGCACCAAGUCCUGCUCCACAACCUGCCACAGUCUCAACAUCCAGGAAGUCUGCAAGGAAGAAUGUGCAGAUGGCUGCACCUGUCCUGUGGGCAAGGUUUUGGAUGGCAAUCGCUGUGUGGAGGUAUCUCAGUGUUCCUGUGUGCACAUGGGACGACAUUUCCCUCCAGGAUCAACUAUCUCUCAGGACUGCAACACCUGUGUGUGCCGUCACGGCUCCUGGGAAUGCACCAAUGAAGGGUGCCCUGCUGAGUGUUUGGUGGUGGGCCAGUCUCAUUUCAAGACCUUUGAUAACAAGUUCUUCACUUUCACUGGUCACUGUCAGUAUCUGCUGGCAAGAGACUGCACAGAGAGCAUGUUUUCUGUCAUUAUUGAUAAUGUCCAGUGUGCAGAUGAUCAGGAUGCCGUGUGCACACGCUCAGUGACACUCAGCCUGUCCUCUCUGGAAGACAUGACGGUGAAGCUGAAGCACGGAGGAAUUGUCUCUGUCAACAGCAUGGACAUCCAGACCCCAAUGCAUCAUGGACGUUUGCAAAUCCAAAGAACUGCGCAAUCCUUCGUGCGUGUGAAAUUUGGAGAUGACCUUCGCCUGGACUGGGAUGGGCGAGGUCGGGUCCUCUUAAAGCUGGGACCCCGAUGGGCAGGACAAACUUGUGGUCUUUGUGGUAACUUUAAUGGUAACCAAGGUGAUGACUUCCUGUCUGAAUCUGGUCUGGUUGAGGCGAGUCCUCAGGCAUUCGGCCAGGCAUGGAGGAUCAAUGGAGACUGUGAAUCUACCCACAAACAGGAGACUGAUCCAUGUGCCAUCAACCCCAAAAGAGUGCGUUUUGCAGAAGAGGCAUGUGCGGUAAUGAUGUCAGACGUGUUCAGCCCAUGCCACUAUCUGGUGAACCCGGGUCCGUUCCAGCGGUUCUGUCGGUAUGAUGUGUGUGCGUGUGUGGACGGGGAGGAGUGCCUGUGCUCUGCUCUGUCUGCAUACGCAGCGGCCUGCACUACCAGAGGAGUGCUGCUCCGCUGGAGGUCUCCCUCACUCUGCGAGCUGGAGUGCACUGGAGGCCAGGUGUACGAGGCCUGUGGGAGUACGUGCGAUCGGACCUGCCGUGCUCUUUCUGGUGCUGAGGCAGGAUGUGAGGGGGAGAGGGUGUGUGAGGAGGGCUGUUUCUGUCCUGUUGGAAAGUACCUUAGCGACUCGGGAGAAUGUGUGACAGCUGACCAGUGCUCCUGUCUGCACGAUGGACAGCUUUACCAACCCAGUGAUGUGUACGCAGAUCACAGCAGCAUCUGCUAUUGUGAGAAUGGCUCCAUGCGCUGUAGCUCCCCUGAGAUGAGCACAUUGCUGUCUGACCUCUUCUAUGACGAUGAACUGGCACCAUCCAGAGAGCGGCGGUCAGCCCAGUGCCCUCCUCCACUCGUCCGCACAGAGUGUGAAGCAGGGGAAAAAGGUCUUGAGUGUGCCAGAACCUGCCAGAACCUCGAUUUGCCCUGUGUCAGCCUCGCCUGCAUCCCUGGCUGCCUCUGUCCACCUGGCACAGUACGUCACCGCAGCGACUGCAUUGCACCGGAGCAGUGUCCCUGUUACCAUAACAACAGGCCAUAUGCAUCAGGACAGAGCAUCUCUGUGGACUGCAACACCUGUGUGUGUGAGAACAGGAAGUGGCGCUGCACGGAGAAGGUGUGCGAUGGUGUGUGCCGCGCCGUGGGGGAGGGGCAUUACAUCACUUUUGAUGGGUUCAAAUACACCUUCCCUGGCCUCUGCCAAUAUGUCCUGAUCCAGGAUAGCUGUAAUGGAGAAGAGGGUUCAUUUAGAGUGCUGGUGGAAAAUGAGGCCUGUGGCAUCGUGGGACAUCGCUGUGCAAAAGCUAUGACAAUCUUCUAUCAGGGAGGGUUGAUUGUUUUGCAACAUGGAGAGGUGAAGAUGAAGAGUCCGGUGCUACAGAGCUCACAGGUGGAGAUUGUUAAAUCUGGUCAGUUUUACACCGUGCUGCUGGGGAAACACAUAUCUCUCAGCUGGGACAAGGGAACUCGCCUUCUGGUUCACAUCUCAGCCACAUACAGGGGCCGGGUGUGUGGCCUGUGUGGUAAUUUUGACGGGAACGUCAACAACGACUUGGUGAGCAGUAACAACCAGCUGGAGGUCGACGCCUCACACUUCGGGAACUCCUGGAAGGUUGUUCCCAGCUGUGCAGAUGUAACACAGAUACCUCUGCCUUGCAGCGAUAACAUUAUAAAGCUGGUGACAGUGGAGCAGUCAUGUCGCGUGAUCACUGGUCCUCCCUUUAAAGAAUGCAACAGCCAGGUGGAUGCAGAGCCAUAUGUUGAGAUGUGUGUUGAGGCAGCAUGCUCUUGUCCAUCAGUGGGCGACUGUGCAUGCUUCUGUGAUGUCGUUGCAGCCUACGCACAGGCCUGUUCAGAGCGGGGUGUGUCUAUCAGCUGGAGAUCCAAUGAUCUUUGUCCCAUUAGCUGUGAGGAACUGAACCCCAGGAGCCCAGGUUUGGGCGAGGAGUUAUGCCAGUGGAGGUAUAAUGCUUGUGGUCCUGCAUGUCCGAUCACCUGCCAGCACCCAGAUCCCCUUCACUGCUCACUUGAUUGUGUGGAAGGUUGCCAUGCCUCAUGCCCACCAGGCCAACUACUGGAUGAAGUGGCGAUGCGUUGUGUAGAACCCUCUCAGUGUCAAGUGUGUGUCCAUGAGGGUCAGAGAAUUUCCCACGGAAACAAGGUCAUCCUGAACCAUGAGGACCCUGACCACUGCAAAAUAUGUCACUGUGAAAACAACACACUGAGCUGUGAAGUUUGUGCCUCCUCCGCCAUCUUCACCACUCCAACACCAACUCCUUCCUACGGGCCCUUCACGACCCUGCCCUUUACCACCUUGAUGCCUGAGGGCACGUGUGACCGCGCUAUGGAUCUGGCUUUUCUAUUGGAUGGUUCAGAAGCCCUGACCGAAGAUGAAUUUCAGGCAACCAAAGAGUUCAUACUCGGAGUGGUUGAACGAUUCCGCAUGGGCUCGGCUCACACUCGAGCCACAGUGCUGCUUUACCACUCUGGAGUCAAAACAUAUGACCUGCAGGUUCAGAAGUGGCUGUUUAAGAAGACGGUGCGUGAGCUGCAUUACACAGGAGGAGAUGCAGCCUUCUUGGAUGAAGCUGUCAAGUAUUUAGUCAUCAACAUUUAUGACAAAAACAAGCGUGACAAUGCUGGUCGGGUUGCCAUCAUCUUGACUGCUAGUGCCAACCCUCGCCCUGUUCGUGCUGUGGUCAAGAUGCUCCGCAAGAAGGCCAUUACAACCCUUACAGUGGCCCUUGGUCCCGGGGUAAACAUGGGGCAGAUUAACGACAUCACCAAGGCAAACCCAGAAAACAGGGCCUAUGUGCUGAGCAGCACAAGCGAGUUGUCCGAUCGUCUGUUAGAGCUGACAGAUUACCUCUGCACCCUGGGGAUGGAGCCUGAGGUGGCCAAACCUCCAACGCCAAAGUCCACUCCGGGUAAAGCUUUGCAGGGCACCACCACCACAACCUUGGCUCCAAACCUGGAGACCAACCCAACACGACAUCUCACCAACAGUCCCACUUCCACAACUCCUUCUGGCUUGUCUCCCGUCACCACACCGCCGUCUUCCAUCCCUCCAGCCAAAGAAGUGACAUUUAUACUUGAAGGCUCUGAUGCAGUCGGCGAGGUCAAUUUCAACAAGUCGCUUCUCUUCCUGGAGGAAGUUAUCUCAAAGCUGACGGAGGAAGAAGAGUAUAUUCGUAUCACUGUGAUCCAGUACUCGGUAACAGUCACUGUAGAGAUCCGUCGGUGGGAGUUGAGGCGCCAGAGUACCCUGCUGCAACAACGACUGAGGGAGAUUCGUUGGAGGGGUGGAAGUCGGACCAACACUGGCACAGCUGUCACUACGACCUUUCAAGAAAUGGCUACAGUCAAACCUUCCCGUGGCCCCACACCUCCUCAGCUGGUCUUCCUCGUGACAGAAAACCCACCUACUGACACUGUGACUCGCCCGCCUUCUACGAGAACCCACACACAAGUCUAUCCCAUUGGUGUUGGACCAAAGAUACGAGAGAUUGACUUGCUACCAUUCAGCGCCCCUCAGCGUCCACUGCUUGUUGAUGACUACAACCAUCUGACAACCCUGGUCCACCGUGUAGUCAAUAUCACAAAAACCACAGUCCGGCCCCGCUCUCCUACUCUGCCUCCUCUCGUACUCCCAACACGCUCCAGCCUGCCGCCCUCAGUACCCUGUCAGAAGCCUAUGGAUGUCUUGUUCCUGUUGAAGGCUGGAGAGCAGUUUGAGGACAUGAAGACAUUUGUCAAAGCUUUCAUCAAUAAUGCAGACAUAGGGCUGAAUGGCACCCAUGUGAGUGUGCUUCAGUAUGGAGACACCAACACAGCAGAGAUCACCUGGAAAGAGGAACAAAGCAAAUCCCACCUCCUGAACCUGGUGGAGCGCAUAACAAGCAGGACUUCUGUUGCCCCAGCUCUAGGCUCUGCACUGCGAUUCGCUGUGCAGAUGGCCAUCUACAGUGGAGGAAGAGUCGGUGUAGCCAAGGCCGUGGUGAUGCUGGUGACUGACAAAUCAGCUGAUGAUGUCAAAGAAGCAGCUGACGAGGCACUGGCAGCAGGUGUAUCAGUGUUCCCCAUCGCAGUGGGACAAGGCUAUGAUAGGAGCGAGCUGGGUGUGCUCGGUCGCCACGGCAAUGAAGACAACACUCUACACUUGAACGGCAUGGAUCAAUUACUGAUGCUGCUGACUCUGGAUCACGGUUUCAUAGACAGAAUCUGCAGAGCUGGUCCUCCAGGACUGUGUGUUGAUGAUAAUGGGAAUGAGAGAAAGCCUGGUGAGUCAUGGCUGCUUGAGGACGGCUGCCACUCUCUCCUUUGCCACCCCAGUGGGGCAGUGACAGUACAAAACCACAAAGUCAGCUGCGACAGACUGGAGCCUCCGGCCUGCAGAAACAACAUGCCACCUGUCAGAGUCCAGGAGACCUGUGGCUGCCACUGGGAAUGCCCUUGCAUGUGUAUGGGCAGCUCCACCAAUCAUGUUGUGAGGUUUGACGGCUUGGCGCUCAGGCUGGAUGGGGAGGGUUUGUGCUCCUAUACGCUUCUCACUGUCAGCAAAAGCAUCAGUGAAGGGUCAGAGGUCAAACUCCACAGCGGGCCCUGUCAGGACUCAGCGAAUUACAACCAGGUCUGCAUGAAAGCCAUGGAGGUUAUCCAUGGGCCGCACAAAUUGCUGCUGAAGGAUGAUAUGACGGCAGUGAUUGAUAGGGAAGAACUUGCACUGCCGUGGCGAUUCGCUGGCCUAGAGCUGGUGCGUUAUGGAGGAGUGAUGCUGCAGCUGAAGUCGGACCACGGCUACAUCCUGACUUUCACUCCUCAGAGCAAUGAGUUUACCAUCACGCUGCUCAGCUCCACCACCUCAGGCCACACUGCUGGACUUUGCGGUGCCUGUGGAGAGGAGAAGUUGAACGUCCUCGCUUUACGUAAUGGCAGCUCGACCGCUGACCAGCCCUCCUUUAUCUCAGACUGGACUGUGGCUGCAGAGGAGGGUGUGUGUCUGCCAAAGCGGAGGGCAGUGUGUGUGCUCGGAGCAGCGAUGGGAUGUCAGGCCCUGCGUUCUGAAGUAUUUGAACCGUGCCACGCGCAUAUUCCUGUCCAGGUGUUCCUUGCCAAGUGUGAUGAGCAGGCAUGUGUGGAGUCCGAUGUGUGUGAGCUCAUUUCUGCCUAUGCACGCCUCUGUAGACAGAGAGGUGUGUGUGUGGACUGGCGAAGCCCCCACCUCUGCCCAUUACAGUGCCCCGGCUCCAUGAAGUAUGAUGCAUGUCGGACAGGGUGUGUGGAGGACUGUGGCAGCACACAGAGGUUGCGAGGAGACCGGCCGGUUGCCAGGGGUAACGAGUCAUCCUGCAUGGACACGCCUACAGAGGGCUGUUUCUGCACGGAAGGGACGGUUUUGCAUCAUGGCCAGUGUGUGUCACCAGAAGCAUGUAGGCAGUGUGUUGACCAGCAUGGACGCACGUAUUCGUACAUGCAGAGUUGGGUACCAGAUGAGAACCCAUGUUUGAUUUGCAUGUGUUUGGACCAACAACACAUCAACUGCACUGCCCGGCCCUGCAACGAUCUCAAAGCUCCAGUAUGUGGCCCCUGUGAGAUCCUGAGAGAGAGGAGAGAGUCCAAGUGCUGCCCAGAGUACGAGUGUGUGUGUGAUCUGGUGACGUGUGAUCUGCCUGAAGUGCCGCGCUGUGAGGACGGUCAGAGUGUGGUUCUGAAAAACCCCGGGGAAUGUCAACCUAUACACAAGUGCGUCUGCAAAAAGGAAGAGUGUGCUAUGCAAGCUCCCCCCGCUUGUCCCGCACAUCGGCAACUGUCAGUGAGAAAAACAAAGUGCUGCGAUGUGUUUGAAUGUGUGUGUAACUGCCAGAACUCCACACACACCUGCCCUGCUGGGUUCAUCACUUCCUCUUCUACUAAUGACUGCGACUGCACAGAAACCAGUUGCCUGCCCGACAAGGUGUGCGUAGUUGGCUUCGUGGUUCACCCAGUGGGGAGUGAAUGGGAGGAAGGAUGCGAGAAGUGCAGUUGCACCCAGCUACAGGACAAAGACACAUCACUGCACAUUGCUCAGUGUACACCACCUGUGUGUGAUCGAAACUGCCCUCAGGGCUCCACAUACACUCCAUCAAACGGAGAAUGCUGCGGAAAGUGCACACCGACCAGCUGUGUGGAGUCAGCGGGGGAGAUGCGAGGGGACACUGUGUUUGGGCAAAACUUCAGACAUGUGGGAGAGGUAUGGCAGUCUCCGCAUGAAAAAUGUGUGUUAUAUCAGUGUGUGAAAGUAAAAGACGAAAUGUUCAUCUCUGCAUCAAACGUCAACUGCUCUGCUAUGGAAAAUCCUUCCUGCCCGCUGGGAACCGAGUUACGCUGCAACACCGAAGAUUGCUGCCCCCGCUGCCACUGCGCUCCAAUGAAUGCUUGUGUGCUGAACAACACUUUAAUAGGAGCAGGGGAGAAGCUGAUGAUGGACGUGUGCACACAAUGUGAGUGUACGGUGGAGGACGGUGCCGUGAGGAAAUACAGGCUGUCCUGCAGGAGUAUGAGUUGUCCAUCCUGCCCCAUGGGAUACACUCUGCAAAAGGAGGAAAACGCUUGCUGUGGUCGAUGUGUUCCCACUGCCUGCAUCAUGAAAGGGCCGGAUGGAAAUCUGAUCAGUCUGCAGGUUAAUACCACUAGCGAGGACGGUUGCAACCUGUAUACCUGUGGUGUGAACAUUAAAGGGGAUCUUGUCCUACAAACCAAAGUCACCACCUGCCCUCCUUUUAACCGUCAAACGUGCCUAGACCAGGGGGGGAAAGUCAGUCAGAUUGGAACAACCUGCUGUGAAAUGUGUACGGAGCCAGAGUGCCGGAGGACAGCAGGAACGCUAAACUACAUCAAAGUGGAUGACUGCCAGUCAGAUCAUCAAAUAGAAUUGCACUACUGUGAGGGCAAAUGUCGCAGUAAGUCCAUGUACUCCUUGGAGAGCGCUGCUGUGGAGCAGGAGUGUGUGUGCUGUGCUGCUGUGGAGACAGAGCCUCUUGAUGUUCCCCUCCUGUGUGCCAACGGCUCCCGCAGCCACCAGACUGUCCUGUCUGUCACUGCAUGCGACUGUCGGUCCAAACACUGCACCUAGAGAGGAAGGAGAGAUGGGAUGAGAGUUAUACGUUUAUAAAUGUAGACAGAAUUUAUAUCCACAUCAAAUGUACCCACAUAAAAUGAUAAGAGCAAAAAUAACAAUAAAACAAACUUGCCUAUUUCCGUGA